UUUGGAACAUAACACAGAGAGCAGGGAUAGUCCUACUUUUAUCAUUAUUAUUAUUUGAUAUCCAAAGCUAUCUUCAGUGAAACAGAAGUUUUUAUGAAAAUGGAAACAAAGCUUCAAAGUUUAAUGAAACCAGUGAUUAGAAGCAAUCAAAUUCUCCAGACCUAGCAGCAUGGUCUGGCUCAGCUCCGCCAUUUUACUUCUGGGCAUAGGAGGUGCCCACCUCCAUUGUUUCACGCCCAGUGCCCAUGUUCCACCUCUGGACAAAAAUGAAUAUCUCUCCGGAAUCAUAGAUUUCGGACUCGGUCUCUACAAACAACUGACCCUCGAGAAGCCUUCGGAGAACCUCAUCUUCUCCCCCUACAGCAUCUGGGCAGCCCUGGUCAUGGUGUACUUUGGGGCAGCCGGCAAUACCCAGGCACAGCUGGCAAGAGGAUUGCAUCUGGUUGAUAAGCCUUCUGCCCACCAAUUGUGGAAAGGGCUGGAGCUUUUAUACAGACAAGAGAACAAUGCCAACAUGAGCCUUGAAGUGGCCAGCAGAGCUUACUUCGACGAGUCAUUCCCUUUGCUGCCUUGUGUCCAAACCAUUUUCCCAGAUGAGCUACACGUCCUUAAUUUCAAUGAUGCUAAGAAUGCAGCUGGAGCCAUCAAUGACUUCGUCAACCAGAAGACACGAGGCCUCAUCCCCAGCAUCGUACAGGAAGACCUCGUCCACUCAGCCAGCAUGGUCCUUGUGAACGCUGUUUAUUUCAAGGGUCUCUGGGAGAAAGAGUUCAAAAAACCGUCAACCCAAAAGCGAGACUUCUCUGUAGCUGCGGGCAACACUGUUUCAGUUGACAUGAUGAGUCAGGUUGCGGAUUUCAAUUAUGGAGAAUCAAACCAACUUGGCGCACGCAUUCUUGAGCUGCCUUACACCGGGAGAAACCUCUCCAUGAUCCUUCUUCUGCCUAAUGUUGAUGGGAAUGAAGUAAGUUCUCUUGCCAGUCUGGUCAGGAGACUCAGCAGUGCUGCCCUUAGAGACGCCCUCAGUGCCGGGAAGCUAGAGUCUCUCAACGUGGAUGUGCUUCUCCCCAAGUUUAAAUUCCAUGGAGAGCUGUCCAAAAACUUGGUGAAUGCACUGAAAAAGAUGGGGAUUAUGGACCUCUUCAACGAGAAUCAGGCUGACCUGAGCCAGUUCAGCUCUAAGAAGAUGUUGGCCAUGACAGACAUCGUCCACAAAGCUUACGUAGACGUCAAUGAAGAGAGAACAGAGGCUACAGCUGUAACAGCUCUCGCUAUUGUGCCUGUUAUUGCUCUUAAUGCUUUGAAACUUCCAAAGCCUGUCAAGUUCCACUGCAACAGACCUUUCGCCUUCAUGAUCUAUGACAGGGUGAUGAACAACGUCCUCUUCAUUGGAGACAUCAAAAAUCCCAGGAAUUUGCAGAGCUAGUCCUAGUCUGUUAUGAGAUUCCUUGACUGGAAAAUCUUCAAGUGACCCACAGCAAGUGAUCUUCAAUGUAGGACUAUAUCCCCAGUGUCAUCCAUAUCACUCCUUAGGCUUUAGUCUAAAGACUUUUUUUAUGACAACUCCAAGAAAAACAUUGAUGUAAAUGUUGUAUUUUGUAUUUUCAUUCCUGCAUUCUUCUUUUACUGUCUCCUAAUUUUGUCUGUCUUAGGUACAAACAUGCACAAACAUACCUUCCCAGUUAUAACAAGUAAUGUCAUACAUACACACAUACACGUAUGUAUAUUUGUAUCCAUUACAAAAAUAGGUUCAGGUAUAUGAAGUAAUGUCAUAAGAUCCAAAUUCUUAGAUGGUUUAGUUUCUGAUUGAUUAAAAUAAUGACUGGCA